UCGAGUAGUUCCUUGGCGGUUAAGUCGUCAGAGUAGCUUCAGGGACCGGAUUCACUGAUAAGAACGGAUAGUUACUGUUAAAACUAUCUUGAGACGACCAUGGUAAUCCGGCUGGGUGACUGCUAAUGAUAAAUAGUAAACCCGGCGUGAGGUGACUAGUGUGGGAAUAUGCAUCACACGGGGGACGCAGCAGAGCUAUCGUCGUUUGGGAACAGUUACAUGUCCCCUACUACCCCCGGGUCUGGCUUGUCCUGCGUGUGGGGGGACCACAACCAGAGGCUACGGGAGAUCCUGGCGGACAACCGGCUACCCCAGAUUGUGAAGAUAUGCGAGGAAGAUGUGGUACAGAGUAAUGGUGACGGAAGUGAAGGAUUCAACUUCCAACAGCCGCUGCUCCUGUAUAAGGAAGUGAAGCUGACGAGAGUGUUUUCGCGGAACGUGCGUCGUGACCCGGGACCCAGAGGAAGGGAGAGGGAGGUGGGACCCUACGUUGUGAUUCCGGAACAUUACCCAGGUUUCUUCAAAGUACUGAACAACGAGGGCAGCGAUGACAUGGCCUUGACCUCCUUGUCCACGGUCGCCAGAAUUAUGCCAGCGUCUUUUCUGUGUCUCGUAAAACUCAAAGCCUACGUAUCGCAACACCAACGGAAGGAUACCAUAGUAUAUGAAAAGAAGGAGAUCCCACCGGGACUACUUUAUGUUAUGAAUAUUCAUGAGGAUCAAGUGACAUACAUCAAUAGCAGGAAGUCGGAGAAGCGGAAGUUGAUACUGUCCCUACGUUGCACAAACAAAGACCGUAACGUCGAAAUACUUCUGCCGUACGACUCAACCGGACAAUUCUAUAUCGUCGAACUGAAGAAAAAUAGUUCCCGAAAUUGUGUGAAUGCUGGCGCCUUUGCACAUACAAUCUCUAGCAUAAUGCAAACGUUGGACAAAGACAGUGUUACGAAAGUACAACUUGUCUACGGCGACCCUCCGUCCCAGGACUGUCAGUUUACGGGGGUUCUAAGAAUUAGUCACGUGACCAAAGAACAUACUGUGAUUGCAUGUACUUUGAAUUCGGAGGAGCCAAAAAUUUUAGAGUUAUCGAUAACACCUCAUCCCAAGUUCAAACUGGCUUUACAAACAGCGGAUCAACACAGCGACGUCGUCAAGAGGAAGUGCUUGGCGUUCAUGAAAACUGCAUACGAGAAGUUCCGACGAGAUCUGAAGGUUCGACGAGAUUACGAGAUCGAGAAACGAGACUUGAGGGAGGAUUACGACUAGGGCAAGGGGAUUAAGCUAACCCCUUGUUUAUGUUGUCUACACUUGUUAUCAAGCACGUGAUCACCUAGCGCAUUCGUUUUGGAGGGGCUGACGGGUGGGCCGUGUGGGGUGUUAGUUGAUGUGCUGUAGUAAUAACCUACUGGGUUGACAUUGUUGACAACCCUUGAAGAUCUGGGUUAGAAUUGGUCUUUAGCAACCCAUGCUUGUAGUAGGCAACUAACACAAU